AUGAAAUAUUUAUGCGUUGCUGAAAAACCUUCAGUUUCCAAAUCUCUAGCACAAAUCUUAGCACAAGGCCUUGCACAUACUUCACCACGAACGGAGCAAUCAGCGAAUAAAUACAUCAAAAAUUAUAUCUUUUCAUUCCAAGAUAGCGCGGGUUUUCUUAAUGAAGUGACCAUAACAGCGGUAUUGGGCCACCUAACGGAAAUUGAUUUUAUAGAAGGAUAUAACUGGCAGGAAUGUAAUCCCAUUAGUUUGUUUGAUGCUCCCAUUCAGAAUACUAUUUCAAAAAAUAUGGCAGAUGUUGCUCAAAACUUGAAGAAUCGAUCUUCCAAUGUUGAAUGUGUCAUGAUCUGGACUGAUUGUGAUCGAGAAGGCGAAAAUAUUGGGAAAGAGGUGGUGGAAGUAUGUAGACAAAGAAAUUCACGGAUUAUUGUAAAAAGAGCGCGAUUUUCUGCCAUUGAAUCGCGUGCAAUUCUACAAGCUUGGUGGGCUUCGGUGAACUCCUCACUUGAACAACUUGAUAUGAAUCAAUCAGAUGCUGUAGAAGCACGAAUGGAGCUUGAUCUGCGCAUCGGGGCUGCAUUUACCAGAUAUCAGACUUUAGGAUUUCAAGGCGAAUUUCCGGGCAUAGAAAACAAUAAAAUUAUCAGCUUUGGUCCUUGUCAAAUACCAACCCUCGGUUUCGUAGUAGACAGAUGGGAGCAGAGAGAAAAUUUCACAGUCGAAAAGUUCUGGUAUAUAGAAGUUACUAUUAAGCAAGAUGAAAAAGAAGUAACUUUUAGAUGGACACGCGAGCAGUUUCCAAAAGAAGAACAAUUACAAGAAACUCCAAUUGAUCAAAGGGAGAAAACAGAGUUUAGCUGCUUUGAAGAAUUGUUUGCUGAAAUUUUUAUGAUUAAACUCGCUGGUCAUGACGCAGUUGUUACAAAAGUAAAUUCGGUUCCAAAAUCUAAAUGGAAACCUCGCCCUUUGACGACUGUAGAACUUUUGAAACUUGCAUCUAGGUUUCUACGAAUUAAUUCUGAUGCAGCAAUGAUUGCUGCGGAACGUCUAUAUCAACUCGGAUUCAUCACAUAUCCUCGAACAGAUACAGAUCAAUUUCCACCCAACACUGAUUUUAAAGGAAUAAUAGCCACUCUUAAGGGAGGUGCCGAAACUGCACUCAAUAAUAGACCUAACGAUGCAAACCUGAGAACUGCUGUCGAUUGGAUUCCAUUUUCUGAUGGCUUAUUAGCUGAUCAAUUCUCCUCCCCUCGAAAUGGAUCAAAGAACGAUGGAGCACAUCCUCCCAUUCAUCCCAUAAAAUAUCCCGAUACUUAUCUCGACCGCAGAGAAGAGCGAGAUUUGUUUAAUUUUAUUGUACGAUAUUUCUUGGCUUCAUGCGCUGAAGAUGCAAAAGGACAAGAGACGACAGUAGAGAUUAUGGUGGAGGAAGAAACAUUUCGCUUGGUUAUUCUUGAACGAAAUUAUCUCGAGGUAUAUCCUUAUGAGAAGUGGGGUGCGCGUGAUAUACCGGAUUUUCGUGAAGGUCAAGUUUACAAAAAUCCGUUAAUAGAAAAGAAGGAAGGAAAAACCUCACCUCCCGAGCUAUUAACUGAACCAGACUUAAUUGCAUGUCUUUACGAAAAUGAAAUCGGGACCGACGCCACAAUUCCAGAACAUAUUUCAAAAAUUUUUGUAAGAAAUUAUGCAGUCAAAGAACGUCAAGGCCAAAAAGAGUACAUUUAUCCAACAGAUCUUGGUUUAGCACUAGUGCAUGGGUACAGAGAAAUCGGAUUUGAAUCUUCAUUGUCUAAACCCUUUUUAAGGCGUAACUUGGAAAGAGAGUUACAGAUGAUCUGUCAAAAUCAAAAGACUAAAGAUGACGUGACUAGAACCUACGUACAAAAAUAUAGAAACAUGUAUGAUUUAACUCUUCAGGAAGAAGACAAAAUCGUACAGGCGUUUAUGCGUCAUUUAGGACCGCCAAAGACAUUACAACAUGACGGUUCAUAUUACCUUGGUGCCCGAAAAAUUGACAGAAGAAGGAUGCCGUUAUCCAAUAAUAAUAAUAAUUCGAAUUUCCCGAGGCCUCCACCGUCUCCACCAUUUGGACAAAAUAAUACAAACAGGAACAACAUCAAUGCUUCUCAAAAUAACGCGUUUAACUUCGGUGGUAAUAACACAACCCAAUCAAAUAUCACACGAAGUCCUACUACUAGAUUUAACCCUCGUGAAAAUUCUACAUGUUUCAAGUGUAAACAAAUUUGGCAUUGGGCAAGCGAAUGUACUUCAUUAGAGGGAUCCUCUAUCCAAGCAAAUAAUAGCACCAAUGACACAACUCGGACCUACUCACGCGAUCUCUCCUCUUACACAUGUUAUAUAUGUAAUGAGCCGGGACAUUUAGCACCUACCUGUCCAAAUCGCAACCGACAAUCAUCAUCAACUACUUCAUCAUCUACAUCUGGUACUAGACGUGGAACGGGUCGUGGAUCUAGAGGUAGCGGUACACGAGCAAGAG